AUGGACAACCUCCCAGCAAACGCAAAGACACACAUCGUGCCUGGUGGCUACGGAUAUGCUUUUGAGGUCAAGGCCGGCGAGCGCUUCCGCGUUGUCGACCUCCACGGCACCCAAAUCGUUGACUUCAUGGCAUGGGUCAACAAGCCUGGCCUGAAGGAACACGUUCGGAUGUCCUAUACCCGUUUCAGACUGUUGGGAGUUUCGCCCGAUAUUGGCGAGUCCCUUCGUACGAACCAUGAUCGCCAAGUCCUGACCAUCACCGCCGACACACACAAGGUUCAUGAUAUGACCUUCAUGCCUUGCUUCCCCGAGAUUUAUGCUGAAGCGGGUCUCGAAGGUCAUCGGUCUUGCACUAUGAACAUCACGGAGGCCAUGGAACCCUACGGAAUCAAGUCGCGGCUCGAGCUGCCCGACCCUUUCAACCUGUUCAUGAACUCGCCCAACUAUACCCUGAAGCCCAUCAGCAGCAGCAGAGCUGGCGAUUAUAUUGAGAUGGAAGCCAAGGACGAUCUUGUCAUUGGCAUUUCAUGUUGUCCUUAUGAUCUGGGUGGCACUUACAACGGCGGCAAGCCUACUGAUAUUGCUAUUGUCUCCGGUCUAUGA